UGUGGAAACUUAAAAGCAAACCACAUUCCACUAUAUAUAACUCUACAAAUUUUCUCCUUUUACACGGCAAAAUCCUUGUCCCAUUUCCUGGUGACAACCCUAUAAAUAUAUAACAAACGGAAAAAGAAAAAGUAAACAAGAAAAAGAGAAAGAAGUAGAAUUAGAAGACAACAAUGGUGGAAAUUUCACCAGGUUUUCGAUUCUACCCAACUGAAGAAGAGUUAAUAUCUUUCUAUUUGCACAACAAGUUAGAAGGAAAGAGGCCAGAGCUUGAUAGAGUAAUCCCAGUUGUUACCAUUUAUAAUCUUGACCCUUGGCAUCUACCAAACUUGCCUGGGGAGUUAUGCAUGGGAGAUACAGAGCAAUGGUUUUUCUUUGUGCCGAUGCAAGAAAGAGAAGCUAGAGGAGGAAGACCUUGUAGGACUACUACUUCUGGUUAUUGGAAAGCUACUGGUUCUCCUACUUAUGUUUACUCUUCAGAGAGUAAAGUGAUUGGGGUGAAGAAAAGUAUGGUAUUUUACAAAGGGAAAGCUCCAACUGGGAGAAAAACUAAGUGGAAGAUGAAUGAGUACAGAGCUAUUGAACAAGAAACUUCCACCUCUUCAACCUUUUCUAUUCCUAAGUUAAGGCAUGAAAUGAGUUUAUGUCGAGUUUAUGUCAUAUCAGGAAGCUUUCGAGCAUUUGAUAGACGACCAGUGGAAGCAGUGACAAGGGAAAGAGCAGCAGUUAAAAAUCAAGAAGCAGGUGGUAGAGAUAAUAUUAUUUCUGUCAAAAAUGAGAGGAAGAUCGAGACGAUAAGUUACCCCGAAAGCUCGGCAAUGGAAGAAGAAUAUCUUAAUCUUCAUAAUCAAGUCCCCAUUAAUGAAGCAAGAAUCAACUCCCACAACAUGGUUAAAAGUGAUGUUCAGCCUCUCAUGAGUGGUUGGGAACAAAUUCAUUGGAUGUAACUUGUAAAUUAAUAAUCCUUUAUUUCUUCGUCAUCUUAGAAGGAUUAGGAUUGAAAUUAGAAAAGGAAAAUGAAAUAUAGGAUGACUUCAUUAAUGUGAAAUCAAACACGUGACUGUACUAUGUUGUUUUAAUAGAGAUUUUUUUUCAAUCUAUUGUCCUUCCCUAGCUAUACUGUUUUAUUGACACUACAUUUGACAUAUAUAAACAUGUAAUAUUUGUUCGGAAA